AGGGCAUAGCCAUUUCGACCCAAGCCGUCCUCGCGCAUUGCGAUUCGGGCAACAGUAGGUGGAUCAUGUCUUGCUUCGAGUGCUUCGCAGGCAUCUGCGGCGGUGGAGCAUACAGCAAGAAGAAGGCGGCUCUGAAGAAGGCCAAGGGCUUGGUCGUGGAGCUGGUGAAGAGCAAGUCCUGCGCGCCAAUCCUCGUGCGCACGGCCUGGCAUGACUCGGGCACGUACGACAAGGCCAACGCAGGCAAACCCUGGCCGAAUGCGGGCGGCGCCAUCGGCUCGAUCAUCACCGACCACGAGAUUCUCGCGGCCCCGAACGCGGGUCUGCAGAAGGCUAUCACGUCUUACCUGCAGCCCAUCAAGGACGCGUGUGGCGACGACAUCUCCUGGGCAGACCUCAUCCAGCUGGCCUCCGCCACCGGGAUCGAGGUGGAAGGCGGGCCCAAGAUCCCCAUGAAGUAUGGGCGCGUGGAUGGCGUUCCGACGGAGCUGCAGCCGCCCCCGUUCGGACAUCGUUGCCCUCAGCGGCGCCCACACUCUCGGCCGAGCCUUCGCGGACCGCUCGGGCACGGUGAAGGAGGGCUCCACGGGGGGGACCAAGUACACCACCCGCGGCUGCCCGUACAUGGCGAACUCUCUGACGGCCGGCGGCCGCUCCUGGACGAAGAACUGGACGAAGUUUGACAACUCGUAU